GGUUGGGCCAGCCCCACCGAACCCUUGGGAAAGAAGAGGCGGUUGCGGUUGGCAGAGCAGUAAGUCCUUGAGGUCGUGAGGAGGAGGAUAUGGCUUACCUCAUGAGGCACCCAAUGAGACCUCCGACCUCUGGGUGCAUACAUAAUAUCUGUGUCCCCCGAGGGCGGGAAGGUGCUCCUUCCUGAGGACGUGUCAAUGUUCCCCAUGAAAAGGGUUCCCACACCACGCCUUCUCCACUGAGCCCCCGUGAGAGACACAAGGAUCUGACCCCUCUGCCUCAGCGUUGCCAGUGCACAGAUAUUUUCUGAGCUCCAGUGCCGGGGACCCUAAUCCCGGGCCCACCCAGGUGCUUAGAAGAACAUGUAGCAGAGAUUUUUGUCAAACAAAUGGAAUAUGUCACAGAACUUUGCUAACAUGAACCACUCUACACAGAAAGACGAGCACUUUGGUGGAUAUUCCAGAUUUGCCAACAAAGUAAAGAAAGGUUUUACUGCUGCAUAUCCAACACAAUCUUCCAUUCCCUUCAAAUCCCAAGCAACAAUAGUUACAGAACCAGAAAAAAAAGGAUUUAAUAGCCAAGCUAAAAGAUUUUAUCAUAAAAAGAAUGAUGUCCCAGGUCCAGGGUCCUACAACAUCACCCACCAGUCUCCAGUGUUCAGCAGUGUCUCGUUGUCCAGGAAAGGGACCUGCACUUUUCCUUCUAUGAGCGCCCGGCUGGACACCAUUAUUUCUAAAUAUCCUGCGGCGAAUGCGUACACUCUCCCAUCCCAUUUUGCAUCGAAGAAAGACUUCAGUAAUUCCUGCUCCAGCAUGUUCCAGUUACCGAUCCGUGUGAAAGCGCUCAAAUCUGAAACCCCGGCCCCAAACCAUUAUAAUGCUUCCAUCUCUUGCUGCCAGCAGCAAAAUAAUGUGUCCGCCCGAGCUGGGUUUAUAUCCAAAACCCCAAGAGGAUUGUUUGCUGCCGCUGACAAGGGACCCGCUCCAGGGCAUUAUGAUAUCAACGAAUCCCUUGUGAAGCAGUCACCAAAGAUAUUAAUGUCUUGUUUUAAAUCAAAAACUGACCGUGGAUUAAAACUGACGUCAACAGGCCCAGGACCCGGUUAUUACAACCCAAAUGAUCGCACCAAAGUUUUGAAAAAGUCUGUUAUCCCGAAAAACCCCGUCCUGAACUUCUCAGCCCAGCCCUUGCCUCUGCCCCCAAAGCCACCUCUUCCGGGCCCUGGUCAGUAUGAGAUUGUGGACUACGCUGGACCCACCAAGCAUUUCAUCUCUAGUGCGUCCUUUGUGUCCAACACCAGCCGGUGGAUAAAGGCUCCUUCCCAGCCAGGCCUUCCUGGUCCAGCCACAUACAAGCCCGAGCUCCCAGGGAAGCAGUCCUUCCUCUACAACGAGGACAAAAAAUGGGUGCCAGUGAUGUAGUAAUGCCGCAUGAGCUCAGGAAGAACCUUGGUCCACAGCUCCUCCACCCCAGCUCCGAGGACGUUCACUUGGAGAACGUGUGUUUCACAUGCGGCUGCUGACGAAGUCACCCUGCCCAGUGCUGUAGCACAGCGGCUGGGGUGACCUUGUCUCGAGCUGCCUUGGGAGAUUAACUCACCCCACCAGCUGCAGCGUUUUCCUGAGCAGCAAGGAGGAGCGGAUGGAGGCCCUGGUCACUUCCCUUGCACCCGCGCAGGUGGCUCUGUCUGGCAUAACUCUUCCACAGACUUCAGGGAUUCGUGAAGCACAGACUCCACAGAAGAGAAUCCAUCCUCCAUGAAGGUAGCUGGUGGCAGUCCCUGCCCAGAAACCUGGUGCCUAGCCAGGUGUCUGGGGUCUGAGCGUGCCCAGGUGUGGACCCAAUCAUCUGCCCUUCGCUUCCAGACUCCUGAUUUCCAAGAGCCAGGAAGGGCCAGUGACUCCUGCGGCAGACACUUGAAGGUGUUGCCAGGCCCCCUGAACCUUCACAGGGCACUUCCCGGAAGAAGCUGGAAGCUGGUCACCUUUACUCAUUACUCACCCCCGGGGAGGCUGCCCCAAAGUUUAUAGCUCUGCUCCAACAGCAGAUGUGACAGCGCCCUGUGGAACUCGAGCCCUGGAAAUAGCAGUUCAAGGGGCAGGAAGGCCACCUGUGCCCUGCGUCUGUGGGCUGUCACCCUCACCUUCCCUGCCUGCACCUGGUCUCCAUCCACCCUCCUCACUGAGCUUCUCCACCAAUGUCCAAGAAAGACCUGUUGACCAAGUUUGGCAGUCUUUCAUGGAUCUCUUCUGACUUGCCAAAUCUUUUUCCCUAUGCAAGAAGAGAACUGAAGAACCGAGAUUAGAUAGACCUAACUGUGCACCCUCUCCUUCCCCAAAUAUUGAUGCUGUCCAGGACCGUUGUAAGCAGGAGUCUCCGUGCAUCCUCCCCACACCCCCUCUCUCCUUGCUCCCCCACACCUGGUCCCCCACGCCAGACCCUCCUUCCUCACACCUUUCCCUUUACUUUGCCGUGAGUGGCGCAUCCUGGGCCUUCCGGUCAGAACUGCCUGCUGAUUGGCUUUCUCUUCGGGGAAGGCCAAGGGAGGGAGAAGGAUGGAUAUCAUAUUCAAUUAAACUGAAUUCUUGCUUCCCA